CAAGAGAGUGUCGCCACCCCGGUAUUGUGUUGGCAAACAUGGAGAAGUGGUCAAUGUAACCCUCAUUUCUCCCCCCCAUAUUGGCUGUGCUUCCAUUAUUUAGCCACAUAAGAUGCAAUCACUUGAUCCCCAGAAUGGAAAGAACUUUUGGAAGAAGAAUAGCAAGUCGGUACCGGGGAGCAUGCGAGCUGUAUAUGGUGCCAUGCAUCCUCCCAUCACGCGUUCUCCCAAUGACUACCACCUCACACGCCGGCCUCGUGAAGGCCCCCCACACCCUUUGACCGGUGGACAGCAGAUUAUGUCAAGCCCCCGCAAGGAGAGUACCCAAAAGAAGCCAGAGCCGAGUGACAGCUUCCAGGACUACCAGGAGUCAGUCAAUGACGCCUGGGACUGUGGAGAUGAUGAGUUCUGCGUUAUAUCAGAUGUGAAAAUAUCAAAUCGGAUGGUUCAGUCUGCAGCCCUCAGUGUGAUCAACAGCCAUCGAUCUGGGCAAAUGCCAACCAGUAACUUAGCGGAACUCCACCAACAGAUCCAACCUUCCAUAGCCCCUACAGAAGCACCUGCAGUCGAAGUAACAACAUAUCCGCCAGUCAACAAUAUUCACUCUUCCGCGGGUGUGUUACCUUGUAUGCCAGCGAUUGAGGGCGUCCUCCCUCUGUCCAGACUAGACCCAUCAGCAGCAGUCAUACAUAGGACUCCAGUCAUCAGUACCUCGGGUAAUGAGAGAGACAUGGUCAAGCAAGAGAAGUUCCUAGAGUUAAUCUCCAGCAAUAGCACCAACUUAAUGGAGCUGCGGAAACUCUCCUGGUCAGGGAUCGCGCCUCCUGUGCGAGCCGUCACGUGGAGACUCCUCAAUGGUUACCUCCCAGCUAAUGCAGAGAGGCGGGAAGAUACCCUGAAGCGGAAACGUGAAGAAUAUUGGAGUUUUGUGAAGCAGUAUUAUGAUACCCGCCACGAAGAUAUUUACCAGGACACUUUUAGGCAGAUCCACAUAGAUAUCCCAAGGAUGUCCCCUCUGGUGCCUCUCUUCCAGCAGACCAUCGUGCAGGAGAUGUUUGAGCGUAUAUUGUACAUUUGGGCCAUCAGGCAUCCGGCCUCAGGUUAUGUUCAAGGAAUUAAUGACCUGGUCACUCCAUUUUUCAUCGUCUUCCUUCAUGAAGUGGUUCCCAGAGAAGAGAAAUUAGACACGUACGACGUGGAAUUAAUAGCAGAGGAAGACCGGGCAGUGGUGGAGGCGGACAGCUUCUGGUGCAUGUCCAAGCUUCUCGACGGCAUCCAGGAUAAUUACACCUUCGCUCAGCCGGGAAUACAGACCAAGGUUCAACAACUUGGGGAACUUAUGAAGAGAAUUGAUGUCAGUCUCCACCAGCACCUAGAGAGGCACGAGAUAGACUACCUUCAGUUCUCUUUCCGCUGGUUUAACAACUUGCUGAUGCGCGAGAUGCCACUGGGGUGCACCGUACGGCUCUGGGACACCUUACAUGCAGAACCAGAUGGUUUUUCUCACUUUGUGCUCUAUGUGUGUGCUGCCUUCCUCAAGUACUUCUCACAACAUCUAAUGGCCCAGAGGGACUUUCAGGGACUCAUGCUGCUGCUUCAGAACCUGCCGACCUCCAGUUGGUCCGACAGUGAGAUCAGUCUCUUAGUUGCCGAAGCUUUCCGUCUCAAAUACAUGUUUGCUGAUGCUCCAAACCAUCUCCAGGCUAGCAAGAAAUGACUUUAGCUCUUUGGAAAAAUGGGAAAAUCCAGCCAGCUGUUAACAGCACUUCACCGGUGACAUGAAUCACUGAUCACCGACUCGAUGCCAAGUUGCAAUUGAUCCUGAGAAGUUCAACACUGAUGGUUGGCUACCUGUGAGCCGCUGGUAAUGAUGGCAGGUCUGGGAGGAACUACCAUGAAGCUACAUUAACACUUUUAUGAAAUAGAUCUUAUAUAACCAAUAAGAUAAAGGAUGCAGUUGGCUUUGGAAGGUUACAUUUAAGUAGCUGAGCUCUGCAUUGUUAUUAUCUGUUAGCAAACUGUAGAAUUCCUUUCUCUGUCAUUUAGUUAUGUUAUUAUUUCUCUUUUUUUCUCACUUUUUUAAGGUAGUUGUCUGGCCUCUAAUGUUUACUCAUGUGGGAUGGUUGCCAGUGGGUGCAUCUGGGGCGUUCAUAGUCUAUCUAUAGGGUUUUGACAUGUUUUUGUCACAAUCUAAGUAUGUAUGCAUGUACAGGUAUAUCUUAUUUACCAUAUUCUUAUUGAUAUCUUUUUUAUAAGAAAAAUUAUUAUUUUUACAUUACAAGAAAUUGUGACUGAGGAGAACAAGUAGGUGACACCUGUCUAGUGGCAACUUUGACCAGUGUCACCCAUUAAACACACGACUAUUUUGUGACCACAGCAGCUCAUAUGAAAGUUGGAUCUCUGGGCCCACACAUCUCUACAUUCAGUUCUGGCACCUCUGUUUAUUUAUCUCAACAUUGUGAGUGUAUUUAUGCUACCGUUAUACAAUGCAAGUCUCUUUUUAUUUUUUUAUUAAUUUUUUUAUUUUAUUUUAUUUUUUUUACAUCUGUGAUCAGUGGUUCAGUUUAUAUUAAACUGAAGUGGUUACAGGUGGAAUCAUGAAACAUCAGGGUUAAAAGCUAUCCUUGGUCUGUACUUCCCCGAGUUGUGUGUCAAAGACCAGCAAAGUCCCAGGUUGUCUUCAAGUAUAAUUAAUGAGAGAAGAAUAGUACUGUAAAUACGUACGUUCAACACAGACAAAAGUCACAACAGAUAAAGGCUUCUAGUUAUACGUACAGUUAAUCUCUCAUUAAUCUCUCGCCAUUUCCUGUAUGCAGAGUAGGGAGGGGAGAGGAGUGGGUAAGGGAAUGAGACAGAGAUUACCUCAGACAUUUACACUGGCACAACAGUCUCCAGAGUACAUUACCAUGUGUCAAACUCCACACUACCUGGCACAUAUAGCAAGAGAUUGUUUUUUAUCUCAUAUAAUAAAUAAAGAGAUUAACCAAUAUAUUACUGGUAACUACAGUAAGUAAGAAUAUGGGUGGGUGUGUGAAAAAUAUAGAAUAACUUUAUUAAUACAAACAUGUACCAGAGAUGUCAUUGUAAGAAAUGGAUGUAAGAUCCGGAGAAGAUUUAACUGGCGUAGGAGAUGACUGUCAACAUUUGACUGACUGACAUUUAUCUUGUUCAUAACACAAUACAGUAUAAGACUGUCAGUUCAUGAUCGAGACUUUUAUUUAGACUGACACUUUAGGGUUGACACACUUAGACUGACACUUUAGGGUUGACACACUUAGACUGACACUUUAGAGUUGACAUGCUUACCUAAACUGACACUUGAGGUUUGGAUAAAAAUUCUCGUAUGUGACUUUUGAGAGAGAACACUUUAGUUAACAUACCUAACCCAGCUUAACCUAACCUAACUUUAUCUAAUUUAAUCUAACCAAACUUAACUAAGUCUGAACAAUAACCUAACCCAUCAGACCAGACCAAACCCAACCUGACUAUGCCUAACCAAACUUAACUUAACACAACUACUCAAACUCAAGCAAUAUAACACUAGCUGCAGGUAACACAUUUUAACAUGGAUUUAAAGAAAUUAUGCUACAUUUGUCCAGAUUGAUAUCUCAGUUUAUCAGUCUACUUUCCAUCGAGCGUGUCUGCCCUACAUGGGGUACACGGAGCUCUUUUUAUGAUGCAGAUAAAAACACCACAUUUUUCAUUUCCUGCAAAAGAUUUGGCUCUGAAAAAUCUAAGUUUUAAUUAGCGACAAGACUGAUUACCACAUGCGUAUAAUUAGACGUAUGUAAGUGGAGAAACUCUAUAGAAUUGCACAUCCCUCUGAAGAUUUAAAAGACAUAAUUCGUACAGUACACCUUACCAAGCUCAUGGGGAUCUUUGGGGAGUUAGUUAUUAUGAAAGAAGGGAAAGAUCUAAAAAAAAUAACAAGCCACAUGAUUGAUCGUCUGAUAUUUUCUCGACUAGACAUCGAAUUGUGGAUUGUUGAUAAUGAAUUUUAAGUUAGUGUUGGUAAGUUUUCAUUAUAAUUCAAGGACAAGGACAAGGACAUUACAAAUCCAAGAGGGAAAAUUCUUCACUUGGUCCUUGUUGGUCAACGUCUUUUAUUCAGAGUCGAUGAUCUUAACUUACCUUCUGUCAAGUCAUACGGGUUGAUUCAUAGGAAAGAACAAGUUCAUUAUCCAGGUCUGUUUGUUGUUGUUAAUCGUGUGACACUUGUUAAGCACCGAAUCGGAGAGAACCUGUACAUGUGUGUGUGUGUGUAAUACAGUACUAGAAGUUCUCCUCUUGUAAGGGUACUUUGAGAGAUGAUGUGUGUGCAUUGAUAAAGUUUAAACAAAGCCAAGAAAUCAAUAUACUUCCUGUGUUGUGCUGUUCUUUUGUUUAUUAAUACAAGUACUGUAAUAGUCCUGAGUUGAAUGAAGGUGUUUGUGUAAUUUUUUUUUGUUACAAUUGUGGAAAAAAAAAAAGAGUUCAGCAGAGAGGGAGGAAGCUGGUGUAAGGGAGGGUAGGCUAGGUGGAGACUAGGCAAUAUCACAUAGAGGGGUUGAUUAAAAGUUGACAUUUUCUUUCCACACCACAAAUUGAUUUUUUUUUGUAUUCAUGUCCACAACAGUACAGUACAAUACAAUGUAUGAAAAUUUAUUUAUUUUUCAUAAGUCCAUCAUCACUAAUACAGCGAGUGUCAUGUUUUGUAAUAUUUCUGAGGUAUGUUUGGCCAUCAUUACAGUUGUAUGUACAGUACAGUAAUGGUGUUUUAAGUUUAGCUCUGUAGGGUUUUAUCAUUAGGUCAAGUCAGUGUUCAUAUACAGUAUUGGGUUGACAUGUAUUGGUUUGGCCACCUUCAACACUCCAGUACCUACCGUCUCUUCUCUUGGGGUUGCUUUGAGAAAUAAAUGAUAGUAUGUCUUGUAUUUUGAACACUUGAUGACAAACAGUUAAACGACUCAAGGGCCAAGACCUUUGAAGCAUCCAUUAUGUAUAAGAUGAUAGUUUGUGCUCCAUGCUAAACACUACUUGGUAACUUAGAUACUGAUUGAUACACUUAGGACUACAGAGCCACUUACAGAUAUUUGAAGUUUUUUGUUUAUAGAAGGAGUAGUUUGAGUCUCAUUAAUGAAGUUUUGAGUGAGAAUUCUUUUUUAUCCAGAAUUACAGUGUACAAUAAAAUUCAGGUUGCCCUAUUGAUGAUAUUGACAGAUAUUAGAAGUCCCUUAGAUAAUGUAACACUUAUCCACUCAUUAAGGUACAAACAUUACAUGAUCCAUCUGUGAGAACUUCCUUAAUGCAACCGAGUUUAUGUUGAUCUAUGACUAUAUAAACAAUGGAAGCACAAGACCUGUUGGUUUGUUCCACUUAAGGUGGUGCUUUAUAUGACUGCCAAUUACUGGUCAAGGUCAGGUUCAUUCAUUUUUAACAGUGACAUAUGUUAGAUACAAAUACACUCUACAAUAUAUAUAUAUACACCUAUAUAGAUAUAUAUACUGUAUAUAUAUAUAUUUCAAGUACUGUCCAUCAUCAGUGUAGUCAUUUAUUCUGACUUUCAGAGUUGAGCCGUGCUGCAUUGAAGUGAUUCUUUUUAUCUCACUUGACAGGUUUUUAUACCAACUAGGAUUGUACAGCCAGAUACUGUACUAGAGUUUACCAUUUCUGGUAAUGAUGGUACAAUGUAAAACUUUUACCUUUGAUAUAGAACUGUACACUGCAGGAUUGUUGGCUUGUCUUAGAAUGAUGCUGUGUCUGAUUAGAGUGACAGAUUGCAUGUUGACAUUUUCCAAGCUCUACUGAUAAUAUGAUUUUUUUACUAUAUAGUUCCAUGAAGAACUAUGUAGUAAUAAAGUCCCUUUACAUGCUAUGUAGAGGAUGGUGUUGUGCAGUACUGUUGACAUGGUCAAUGAAGGUCUGUGCAGUAUUAGCAUGUCAUGUGUUGUGUUGUGGUGAGGACAGAAGAGAAUAUCAGUACAUGCUUAUGGUGCUUAUUGUAGCCUCCGAUGCAGACGGUUCUCUCGAUGACGCACGAGUUCUUCGCUAUAUCUUAGACCUACGUAGUUGGUGUAGACCGUGUGGGCCAUCGCCGGGAACAAAUUGUGAUAGUUGUUGUUAAGGCGUACGUCACCACGGUGAGGUUCUUGGUACCAGUGGAAGAGUCGGUCCAUAAACUGAAUGAUUGCGGUUAUAUCUAUUGUGUAAAUGUACUUUAAUGACAGUUUAUUUUGUUUUCCUGUGUCUCUUGGUGAUAUGUACUACAUCUCAUGUGUAUUCAUACAUAAAGAAUUUUAUAAGA